AUGGAUAUAGAACUCACAUAUGGGAAGGAAAAAAAGAACUUUAUAAAGGAUUGGCCACUCUUACUCAAGAAAGAUGAAUUACAAUACUACUAUAACCGAAAGUAUAAGCUACAAACCAAUAGCUCACCUAUAAAGAAGAAAGAUCGAAUGGUAAGAGCUGAUGCUCCAUGCUGGCCUGAACAGGUGGUGAUUAACAGGAAGCUGGCCGAAAUUCCAUGGACUAAGGAGCAGGUCCGCCAACUUUUCAAAAGCUUCGACAAGAACGGAGACGGCAAGCUCUCCAAGAAAGAGCUCAAAGCAGCCUUCCGUAAGCUCGGAUCGCGGUGGAGCUCAUUCAGGGCUAGAAAAGCAUUACGCUAUGUAGAUUCCAACGGGGACGGAGACAUCUCAAAAGAAGAACUCAAUGAUCUUGUCAACUAUUCCUUAGAAUGUGGUUAUAAGCUAUAA